UCAAUGAAUGAUAAUGAUAAGAAGUAUUCAUUGCCUCCUCUUCGAAUGUCUGAACUUCAAGACCUACUUAGAUAAUCUAAUGAAUAGCAUAAAAAGGAUGUUAUUUAUAGUUACAGGGAUACAAAAAAGAAAAGACAAAAAGAAAUUGCUGAUUUAGAUAAAUAUAAAACAAUUGAGAGAAAAGGUGUAAUUUUAAAUCAAAUUUAGUAUUCAAUUCUCAAAAUAAAUUGUAAGGGAGACCAUUUGGAAAGGAUUUAGAUAUCUUUUUAUGCAAAGAACCAUUGAUUGAUGAUUUCCUUAAACGACAUAUUAUUGCCCCUUAAAGAAAUCUUGAAAAAGGUCUAAAAGACAGUAUAUUAAAUAGUAUUCUUUAGUAAAGACUGGAAAAAAUUAGUUUUUGGAUGGAAGAUGUUUUGGAAAUGUUCCUGAAAGCUAAUUAAGUAAAAAAGAAAAGCAAUUCAAGGAGUAUUGGAAAGAGUACAAUUAACAACUUUCUGAAUAAAGAUACAAAAUGUUAUUAGAUUCUUAAACUGGUUUAUAGAAGAAAAUAAAUUAAUAAAAAAGGCUUAAAGCUUUAAAAAUAUUUGUGCCUAAUAAGUAUUCUCCUGGAUAUUUUAAUGAUCAUCCAUCAUAAAUUUUAAGUUUUACGUAUAAAUUAUAUUUUAUUUUAGUGAAAUGCAUAAGCAUUCAUAACCUUAAAUUUGGAGUCCUAAUAGUUUCUAUGGUGAUUCAUUUGAUGAAAAUUUAAAGUAAUACUAAUAAAAAAGUAAUUCUAAACUCAGUAACUCUGUCUUAAAAGAUCAAAGUAAAAACUCCAUAAAAGUUAAUUGA